AUGCUUAGACGAUUCCGAAAUCAUUUCGAGGACCCCAAAAGACCUUAUCUUGGUCCAAACGUCAAACUAUUAAAAUAUGGUGGUCUCCUAUUCUCAAGAAACAAUCUUGUUAAAUAUUCAUACAUGUUGAUGCACUACACCGUAUUCGCCGUGUUCGGGACAGAACUGCUGAAUAUAUAUCUGGAGAGAUCAGACACGAAAGUGGUCUUACAGAACAUACAGUAUUCUAUGGCCAGCGUAGUGGUUUGCUUGAAGGUGUUCACGUACUUCAAAUAUCAGAACGAUUGGGUUACGAUAAUCGAGUAUAUAAACAAAAGAGAUAAAGAAAGACGUAAUACGCGGAAUGAUGAGAUGGAUGUUAUUAUACAGGAGUAUACGAAAUACAGCAGAUGGGUUACUUUCUCGUAUAUUUACUUGCUUGUUGUAAUGACAAUUUCAGUGUGCUUGCAGCCGAUGCUACUUUUUACGUCGUCAACGUUCCGAUACAAUCUCCGAAAUGGCACCGCGACUCUACCAGAGAUAGCUAGCAUUUGGAUGCCGGUCGAUAAGACAACUGUAACUGGUUACACGUUGUAUAUGUUUAUGGAGAUUUUCGCGACCAUUGUAUGUGUGUUAUGGUUUGCGAUGGUCGAUACUAACUCGGUUGCCAUCAUGAUAUUCAUAGAGGCAGAGUUGAGGAUGCUGAGAAUUGACGCUCGCAAUAUUUUUGGAACAGAAAAAAACCCGGCUACUAUCGUUGAAUCCAAGCAGCGUAUACGGAAAUGCCACGAAAAUCACAUACAACUUAGCAAGUCUGAGGAAACGAGUACUUUUCAGAAAAUAGUGUCUUUGCCGUAUUUAUUGUUUGGCUGCUUACGGCUUUUCAUGUAUUGCUGGCAUAGUACUGUUAUGACGCAUUCUAGUAUAGAUCAGAUGAUGGGGCCCUAUGAGAGUACGUGGUGGGCUCAGCCGACAACUGUUCGGAAGGAAGUAUUACUUCUGGUGCAUCAGUUUCGAAAGCCGCUGGCCAUCCACGCAGGGCCGAUUGCUGACUUAACCGUAGUCACGUUUAUCAAUAUACUAAAAGGCGCUUACAGCUAUUAUACCUUGCUGCGAGAGAUGAAAUAA